AUGCAUCGUACUUACAGCAUGCGCCAAUCUCGCGCGCCCACGGCGUCGCAGAUUCAGAGCCCCCCGCCUCCAACCUCUUCGACAAAGACGGGGCGCUUCUUCGGCAAGGCCAACAUUGGCCAUACCUUCCGCCACAAGUCCGCAGGCGCCUUCGGUCCCGAUCUUGCCAAAAAGCUCUCACAAUUAGUCAAGAUGGAGAAGAAUGUCAUGCGUAGUAUGGAGUUGGUUUCUAGGGAGCGCAUGGAGGUUGCUCAACAACUCUCAAUUUGGGGAGAGGCAUGCGACGACGACGUCUCUGACGUCACCGACAAACUUGGUGUCCUUAUCUAUGAGAUUGGCGAGCUCGAGGACCACAUCCGCAACAUUGAGGCGUCUGUCCAACCCAGCCGUGACCGCAAGCAGAAGAUCACCGACCAAAUUGCUCAGCUCAAAUACAAGGAGCCCAACUCCCCCAAAAUCGUUGUCCUUGAGCAGGAGCUCGUCCGUGCUGAAGCCGAGUCCCUCGUUGCUGAGGCUCAGCUCUCCAAUAUCACCCGUGAGAAGCUGAAGGCUGCAUUCAAUUACCAGUUCGAUGCCAUGCGCGAGCACUGCGAGAAGCUCGCCAUCAUUGCCGGUUACGGAAAGCACCUGCUCGAGCUCGUCGACGAUACCCCUGUGACACCUGGAGAGACUCGCCAGGCCUACGACGGCUACGAGGCUAGCAAGGCUAUCAUCCAAGAUUGCGAGGAUGCCCUUACCAACUGGGUUUCGCAGAACGCCUCCGUCUCGGCCAAGCUUUCCCAGCGAUCACGCACUCUGUCCCAGCGCCGUCGCAACCAGAACCGCAACCGCGGUGAGGGUGUAGAUCUCUCAGGUCAGGACCAGGAGCUCGAAGGAAGGGAAUCUGGUCUCUGGAUUCCUGCCUCAGAGCACCAAGGUAACGGCUACGAGGAGAACGACCUUGAUGAUGACAUCAACUCCACCGUUGCCAGCGAGCAACGUGGCCGCGAAGAUGAGCGUGUCGUUGCUGCCUAA